UGCCCGCAAGACCCUUCCGCGAGCUGACGCCAGGGGGCGCGCGCGGGACCGGGGAGGAGGCGCUUCGCGCUUUGACCCUCUGCGCAGCCCGUCGCGGACGUAGAGCGGGAAAAUCUGACUCGACAGUGGCUCGCCUGCGCGGGGCGCUCCGCGGUGAUGGAGGAGGUGGGCGCUGAGGAGCAGCAGCGAUUCUGUCAGCGGCAGAGGCUGAAGGCUGCAGUUCACUACACCGUCGGCUGUCUUUGCCAGGAAGUUGCGUCGGAUAAGCAGGUGCAGUUCAGCAAGCAGACCAUUGCAGCCAUCUCGGAGGUGACUUUUCGACAGUGCGAAAAUUUUGCCAAAGACCUUGAAAUGUUUGCCAGACAUGCUAAAAGAAGCACGAUUACCACAGAAGACGUGAAGCUCUUAGCCAGGCGGAGUAAUUCACUGCUAAAAUACAUCACCGAGAAAAAUGAAGAGAUUGCUCAGCUUAACCUAGAGCGAAAGGCCAAGAAGAAAAGGAAGCCAGAGGAUGGGAACAAGGACUCCUUGGAGCCCGAUGUUGAUGUGGGUGAGCAGUGACAGUUAUGUCCUGGCCCCUUGAGACACCAGCAGUUUGAGCAUGAAGAAGCACACACCACCAGGGGCGGUCUGAUGGACAAGGAAAGAUGUUUCAAGGCUUUCACGCUACCCACUUCAAGACAUCGGAUACGGCUGAAAGAGCCGGGAAUCCCCGCAGAGCUGCCUGUGCUUUCGUCUGCAUGGAAAGGCCGUGCUGUUGGGAUGGCAUGAUGUGGCUUAGCGGCUGAGGCUGACAGCGUGCUAGCAGUUAGACAUGCUGUGUGUUUGGGGACAAGCAUAAUCUCUCACUGUUUAUUUCCUAGGCCAAAUGACUCUCUGAAUGGUGAGUAAAGCUCUGUUUACUUA